GCAUUACCCUUACUGCAGGGCUGGUGCGCCGCCAAGACCCCUAAGAUUUAAUCGCGUGCCUUAAGCAAUGCAACCGCUGUGCUGGAGUGACAACGCCUCUGUCAUUCAUUCCGCCUCAGGGUGACGUUUGAUGCAAUGAUGUACAGCCUUACCUGGGUGGUGAGACAGGGAACAUACCACCUGGUAACCCCCUGGUGCCUGCGCCUCACCCUUCCAAGUACUAAGGCACCAGCCACCUGCACCCUCAGGCAUGGGUGGAGCAGGAGCAUAUCAGUUGGCACCACUGCUCCUGCCUCUAAGACAUGGAGGGCUGGCCAGGAGAGGACGACAGCCAGAUCAGCGGAGGAGAACAAGGACGGUGCAGUUACUGAAGGAGUAGAACAGAAGCAGAGCAUCAUUGGUGAAAGCCAUUCCAGACUACCUGACAGUGAGGGGAGGCUGAGAGAAAGACUGCAGGAUGACACCAUACAAAUGACAAGAAUAGGUGGUAUUGCCUUUGCACAAAGAAUAGAAGAGAGAGGCAGUGCAUCAGCAGCACAAAGAGAUGCACCUCACCAUGUUCCUCCUCCACCAGCACCACCACCACCACUGCACCUUGACUAUGGGCCCACUCCCACCAUACCCCAACGGCUUGUCCUCAGCUCACCCCCAACACUGGCCGCCUACAUGCAGUUGAUGAGGCUUGACCGUCCAAUAGGCACCUGGCUGUUGUUUUGGCCCUGUGGAUGGAGCCUGGCACUCUCUGCAGCUCCAGGGUGUCUGCCGGACCUGUGGCUGAUGACACUGUUCGGUGUUGGAGCAAUGGUGAUGAGGGGAGCCGGCUGCACCAUCAACGACAUGUGGGACAAGGACUUUGAUGGCAAGGUGGCGAGGACAGCUGGCCGUCCCCUGGCCAGUGGGCGGCUCAGCCAGUUUGAUGCCCUGGUCUUCCUUGGGGCACAGCUGGGCCUGGGCUGCCUCAUACUGCAGGAACUCAACUUCUACAGUGUGUGUCUAGGAGCAGCGUCCAUGGGCCUGGUGAUUACCUAUCCCCUCAUGAAGAGAUUCACCUACUGGCCACAGCUGGCACUGGGUUUCACUUUCAAUUGGGGUGCCCUCCUGGGAUCAGCAGCAGCCCUGGGGCAGUGCCAGUGGGCAGUGUGUGCGCCUCUCUAUUUCUCGGGUGUGGCUUGGACCCUCAUCUAUGACACAAUCUAUGCUCACCAGGACAAAUAUGAUGACGUGAUAAUUGGUAUCAAGUCCACGGCACUGAAGCUUGGAGAGGCCACACCGCGCUGGCUGGCCAUGUUUGGCACAACAAUGAUCUCUGGCCUCUUAGCAGUGGGCCACAACGCAGGGCAGACAUGGCCGUACUACCUCACCGUUGCCCUUGUCUCCGGCCACCUGGCGAAGCAGAUCUGGACGCUGGAUAUAAACAAUGCCGCUGACUGUGGGCAAAAGUUCCGAGCCAACAGACACAUCGGGCUGCUGCUGUUUCUGGGAAUUGUCACUGGGAAUUUGUUGAAGGAAUAGGCAUGUAGGAAUGAGGUCAGGGUGUGUCACUGAGUUAGGGCUGCAAGUUUUGAUGUGAAACAGGAAAUUGUCAAGGACCUAAGGAUAUGUAGAAUAGAAAUGUAUUUAGAGGUUUAACAUCAACACCAGGAAAGAUGACAGAGAGAAACACUUACGAUCACAGCACAGAAUGUUGCAAUGUUCAGUUAAUCAUACUCACAAGAUUGGUGACAUUUGUUUUUCUUAUAAGGUUAUUUUUAGGUGUGCAAGAUUUUUGAGGAUAAUUUUUCACUCCAUAUUGGAAGAAGUGUUAUUUUUGCUGUAAGAAAAGAAAUUAUUUAUUAUUUUUAUUUUUCUGAUUAUGUGUGGUAUAAAUGUUAAGUGAGUGAUUUGCUUCAAAGUAAAUGUCAGACGUUGUUAAUGAUUUCAGUGGUUUUGGGUAUUCACUAGAUUUUUGGUAGCAUCAGUAUCCAUUUCUGCCAAAAUCCACUCAGUUUGUCCACAAGGGUAUUGGAGCAUUCAGCAGUGUCUGGGUGUGUGGCAGAGGUCAGGGAAUCACUAGUAAUGGCUACACACUGCCUUCCUUUAUUGUGCCAGUUUAUCACUUUAUAAUUCUCUUCUGUACUGUUGAACACAAUGAGUUUUUCCAUUGCACUUUUGUCCAUUUGGUUUCCUUUGUGGCAUGAGUUGCGUGGGAUCAUGUUUGUAGUAUUAGCACCUCAGGUUGUCACUUCAGCAUACACACUUCAACAUUGCACAAGUACAUGUCACUAGGAGUAAUGGAAUUUUCUUCUCAGCUCUUGCUUUUACUGGAAGAUCAUUUAUUAUUUUGCUUUACAUCAUACAUGAUGUAGAGCCAAAGAGGCAAACCCACUAAAAGAGGGUUCUAAACUUGGGGUUCACAAGAUUUCCAGGGGUACUUAGAUGGCUGAUCUAAUAAUACCCUCUGCAGUACCAUUGCAUAUUGUGUGAGUGUCAGUCAUGAAAUUAACAUUCUGUUCAGUGUUAGAUUACUGGUGGUACAGGUAAAUAUGGUCUUAUAACUCAGGGAGUUCUUUACAAGAAAAAGGUUGGUAACACUUGCAUAGGUUUGGGAUAUGAGCUCUUAGUGUUUUGCAGUUUUAUAUUUACUGCUAUAUUGUCAAAAUGAUGAUAUGCAAACAUAUUGCACAUCAUGUUAAACCACAUUUCCUUAUUGCUGUACCGUAACUAAACUCCCAAACCCCAAUGUGACUGAAUCAUGUGCAUGGUAACUGAUGUAGAUUUUGCUUUCAUGUGAAGGGGCCAAUACUCCUAAAUUAAUCAUCCAACUUGAAAUGAACACUUUUUCUUUACAUAAUAGGAAACCACAUACUCAAGUAACUAUUGUGUGUUGCCGUUUGCAAGUCAUGUGCUGUCUUGUUGGCUGGCUGUAGGAUGAUGACGUUCUCAUCCUUUGAUUUGCCCAAGGGAAGCUAGAGGAGCUGUGAAGACUGUGAUAACUUUUACUUUGUCAUCUUUCCUGGUGCUGAUUUCUAAAUGGCAGAGAAUCAGAGUUCGAAAUAUAUUGGUAACAAAUUAUUUUCCAUCUGAUUUGACAAAUUCUUGAACAAAUUUAUAGAAGGUACUGAAGAAAGUAUAAGAGGUGGCACUGAACUGAAUGAGGUAAAAUCUUACUUUGUGUAUGUCAGUCACUCUAUUUGUAAACUUUCUGCCUCAUUUUCUUAAACUCGAGAAAAUAAUAUAUUUACAUGAAAACCCUGAGAAUGUGAUUUUGUUUGUCUAGUCACGUAGUUAGUGUGAGACAAGAAUUAGGAUGAGUGGUGGCAGUGUAAAAAUCUGAUGUAAAUAUAUGAGAAUUUUGUUA